AUUAUUUAUUAUAUAUGUAUGUGUACCUAUGUAUGUGUGUGUGUGUGUGUGUAUGUGUGUGUGUCAAUGUAUGUGAGCCCAUAUAUUUAUUGACGGAGUUAAAGUACUCACGAUUCAUGACACAUUAUUCACAUCUUAGUGGCAUUGGUGAUACAUAUAUAAUGACGAAUCUGUAUCAUGCCAAGAGAAAGAAGAAAGAGACGGAUGUUAGAGAAAGCGAGUCAGGAUAUCUAGCGAUGAGGAAUACAUAAUGAGAAAUUAGCAAUAAAGAUGAAGAAAUGAGGCUAUUCGAACGAGCGCGCAACGACGCGACGAAGAAGAGAUGCCUAAGAUGAAAGAUAUAAUUUAAUCCUCGUUUCUUCAUUUACUUCUUCUUCUUCCAUUCUACCACUUAAUUUCUCGUAUAUAACGAUUUUGAGCGUGUAAUUGGUUUAACGGCAACGUUCGUCGGGGAAUCGUUAAAAAGCCACGUGUCUUGGGCUCCAAUAUUUACAUCGACUUCUCUCUCUCUCUCUCUCUUUCUUAAAGAUUGAAAUAACUAUACCUAAGAAAAAGAAGAAAAAAAAAAAAAGACGACGAUCCUAUUUGUCGUCUAUCAAUCUCUUUGCUGUCACCGAUAAACGUAUAAUUUAUUUGGCAAUCAAAGAAAUUCCUUGAGAAAGCUGUCGUAUAUAUUUUUAAUUAAUUACAAUUUGCAUGAAUUAAAAUGUCCCACCGUGAUGACAUAAUCGAAUAAUCGAAGAUAUAUAGACCUAACCUUGGAACUUUUGAUAGAAAAUUAUUCAAGUGUAUUUUUUUUGCUUUUAGAUAGAAAGAAAGAAAGAAAAAAAAAAGAGAGAAAAAAAGGGGGAGAAAAUUUUUCUUGAAAAACCUUUUGAAAAAUUUCAGUCUCUCGCUCUGGUCAAACGUACUGAAAAGAAAGAAUCAUAACAGAUUGGGAUAAGAUGAAAACGUCAAUACCAAAGAUGUCAGCCAUGAUAACCUCCGCGAUCAGACAACUCCGCCAAUCUCAAGGUUCGACGUCCAAGGAAAUCAUGAAUUAUAUAAUCUCCCGGUACAACUUGGAAUCUCCUAUACAGCGACAGAUGCAGGCCGCCCUAAAACGUGGCUUGAACAGUGGUAUAUUGGAUAAAAAUCGUGGCCACUAUAAAUUGAAUGGAAUAGCGGAAUACGUUUUGCAAAUGGGAAGAGAUGAGCUAGGAGAGAAACCCGGAAAGAGACGAGCUAAGAAACAACAUCGUAGGGAGAAGGUAAAGAAGAGAAAAUAUAGAAGUGUUCGAAGGAGCAAAGACAGAAGUAAUACUAGGAGCACGAUCGGGACAUCCGGGGAAAUGUGCAGGUGCAUUGCUAAGAGAGCAAAGAACGUGUACACUUUGGAAAGCGACAUUCCAGUCGAACGACAGGAACAACGUCAGAAAGAUGUUAUAUGUUGUUUCAAGAAGAACUGGAAGGAGAAAUGCGAUAACGAGAGUACCGAUCAAAGUCGAUCUACCCUUGAAAGUGAUCCAGGGUUUACCGACGAUCAAGAGAAGAUAUAAAAAUUGUGAUCUUUACGAUCUUCACGAUCCUGUCCGUUAUUACAAAUUAUUUUUACAAUUUUCAAUAUUCCUCGUAACGUCGUCCCGUUUGAUAAUAAAUGUCAAAUCAUACAUAAAUUUCGUGCCGCGUUGCAUAAAGGCAACCCAUUCGUAUUUACGUUUUCC